AUGUAUUAAGUUGAAGGAAUUAAUAUAGCAGUUGAAGGUUGCUUUCAUGGCAAUUUUGAUGAGAUAUUUGCUGAAGUUGUAGAGUUCGAGAAAAAAAAAUAAAUUAAAAUUGAUUUAAUUACUCGUUUGUGGAGAUGUUCAAACUAUGAGAAAUAAAAAUGA